UAUGGUUGUGAUUGCUUUAUUUUGCAGUUUAACAUCCGAGGAUUUACGCUUCACCGAAAAGAGCUAUAUACUUCGUUAUCAUUACUUUUGGUUACACUUCUUUUUGGCGCCCUAGUUAACGACUUUGUUGCAAUCAUAGACGUGGAGAUGCCUGAGAACUCGACUCACGAGUUCACCUUUGUGAUCCUGUUGCUCCACUGUGUAUCCUUUACACUCUCCAUCCUGGGUUUUGUUUAUAAUAGCCUAGCCGAGAAAAGCAUUGGAACGAUAGUAGGACAAAUUUUAGUUGCUUUUAAUAUGGGUUUAUUCGUUUGUCGUAUAUUUCUUGAGUUAGUCUUCCUCGAAUUUCGACCAGAAGAGAUGGCAACUACCACGUAACAAGCGAAAGUAGCAAAUUGAUCAUCUUUUAAGGUAAGUGAUGUUUUAUAUUUUCGCCUUGUGCUCCUCUUUUCGAGAAACACACGCCGCAAGCCAAUUAUGCGUUCUUCGUUCACUUUCAAAAUGAAGCCAAGUACAAAAUAUUUUUUGUAAAAAGAAAUUUUGCUUGCACGAGAUCAA